AUGGAAGUGGAUACAAACAAUCCAACUGGCUCAGCUGAAGGUGAACAAAACGCGUGGGAAAUCGAGAAAACCCAACUUGGUGAGACUGAAUUCAAAUUCGUAAUUACGAAACAUUUUCAAAAUCUGAGUUUUUGCAGAGCAACAAAACUUCAAUUUGAAUCAAGAGUUGGGAGAUACUCGAGAGCGUUUUGAAUCAUUGGCAAAUAAGAAUACUCAACUUCUUGAUGAAUUAGACAGAUAUGGAAGUGAAUUGUCAGAAGCAUCAAGACAACGAAGGUUAUUGGAAUCGGCGAGAAAUGAAGCUGUUGAUAAGAAUGUACGUUUUAGCCAUAAUUAUUUGUCCAAUAGAUAAACCUUUAUAUUUUGCUUCAGAUUCAACUUGAGAGUGACGUUGCUCGUCUGCAAAUUGAAAAGGAGGAGCGCGACAAUUUCAUUGCUAAUCUGAACAAAGAAAAACAAUCAACAAUGAUUGAAAUGUUUUCAUUGAGAGAUCAGAUCAAACAACUUUGUGAAGAAAAGGCUAGCAUUGAAUUAUCUCUUGAAAAUAUUGAACAAGACAAGAAAAGCAUUGCUGUAAGUUAUGGCUUUUUAGAGUCUCUAAUCCGCAUUUCAUGUUUUUUUUUUCAGUUUGAACGUGAGAAGUAUGGAGCUGAAAGAGAUAUGUACUCUGAAUCGAAAAAAUGGUUCAUGCAAGAAAUUUCUGAAAGAGACAACAGAAUUUCUAAUCUUCGUUUAGAAUUGACCAACAAAGAUAUGGAAAUGACAAACGAAAGAUUGCAAUUAGAAUCUGAAGUAAAUAGUUUGAGAAUGAAAAUUGAUGAUUUGUCACAAAAGUUGGAAUUAUCCAAAGAAUCUGCACAAGAAAGUAUGGAUAAAAUUGAAGAAAUCGAAACUGCUCAUGUUGGACAAAUUGCUAAUUUGGAAGCUGAAAUCAGAUGUUUGAAUGAAUUGAAAUCAGUUUUGCAAAAUGCAACUGAAGAGGCAAAACAAGCUGCAGAUAAAUUUAGAGACGAUCUUGAUGCAAAAGAAAAAGUCGUGGAAGAAGUUCGAAAAUUGUUGUCCGAAGUUCAUGAAGAAGUUGUUCGAGAGAAAUCAGUUUUUGAUGAAGAACUUGAAAACAAGAGUGAGUUUUUUUUGUUCAUUCGACAAAUUCACAAAAAUGUUGUUUUUCAGAUGCUGAAAUUUCUCGUCUCAAAGUCGAACUUGCUCAAACCAACGAACUUAUGAGAAGCAAGCAUGCGGUGAAUAUAAAUGUCACCGAAGAAGAACUUGCUGCACUUUCACCAGCUGCUGCAGACACUGCGAGAUUAUUGAAAGGAGGACAAUCACUUUCAGGACUUGUCAAGUUAGUUGUUCAUCCAGUUUCGUAUUAUUUAUUGAUUUUUGCAGAGAACACGCUAGAAUUGCUGGAGAAUUGGCUGCACAAAAAGAGGAAAAUGUUCAAUUGAUGCGUACUCUUGAGGAACUUGUCGAAACACUUCAAGCCAAUGGCAAUAAUUUCACUGCGCAGAAAAAUUUGACAGAUUCGAUCUUUGAUAGAAAUGAAAGAUUUGAAAAACAAUUGGAAGAAGCAGAAGCGGCUCGAAAAGAAUUGAUCAAUCAAAGAGAUUUGGCACAAAGAGAAUUGGCUUUCACUCAAGUUGAACUCGAGAAAUAUCAAAGAGAUUUUGAAUUAAUGAUGAAGCGAAAUUCAGAAUUGAUGUAUGCAUCAGAAAGAAUGAAUCGGACUGAUGAUCCAAAUUGGACUGAUGCUUCGGAUGAAAAACUUUUCACAUCAAUUGUUGCAUUACAACAGUAAGUUCAAAUAUUUUCUGUAUUAUUCAAUAUCGAAUGAAAAGCAUAUUUAAUUUUGCAGGCGAAAUGUUCAACUCGAAUCGGAUAUCGAAAGAGAGAAAAAGAGUGCGGCUCAAGCUGCAAUGAAUGCACAAAAUGUUGAAAUGGCUGGACUUCGAAGUGAAUUGGCAAAAUCGCACGAAGCCGAAAAUCGACUUCAAUCACAAAUCGAACAACUCAAAACAGCAUUGAAUGUUGUCAAAGAUCAAGCUGAACAUUUCAAAGAAUUGGUUCGAGAUAGUGUUAGUGCGACUGAGGCAAGAAAUGCGAGAAUUAAAGCGGAAGAAGCGUAUGCAGCUAAAGUUUCGGCUGAAAUGUCGGUUAAAAGAUUGGAAGAUUUGGUUGCAGUUUUGAAAGAAGAGAGAAAUUCCAGAGAACAGUAAGGAUCUUUAUGAGCUGUUGUUUUUUCUCAUUGAUUGUUUUCAGAGACAUGUCACAACGAAUUGAAGCUGCUGAAUCGCGAGCCAAUAAUACUGUACAAACUAAUGUUACUUUGGAAGUUGCAUUGAAAGCUCAAACAGCUAAUACGAAAGAACUUCAACAAACUGUUCAAUCUCUCGAAAAAGACAUUGAAGCAAAGAGUGAAGAAAUUCGAAAAUUAUUAGAUACAGAUUCACAGAAAUCUCAAAAGUUAUGUGACAUUGGAAAACAAUUGAUGGAUUCGAAUGAAGCUGUUGGAUCUUUUAGGUAUGUUAGAAACAUUGCUUUUGAAUCUUAUAGAAUUUAUAUUUUUUGUAGAGUGAGAGUUCGAUUCUUGGAAGACGAAUUGGCAUCUAUGAAAAGUGAAACAGCUUAUUUGAGAAAUGAAAAUGAAAUUCAACGAAGUGUUAUGAAGAGAGAACAAGAAUUGAUGAAAACAUUAACUGAAAUGGGAAGUCGAUUAUCAAGAGUUGAAAAUGAGAAAUUGAGUCAUUCGAAUAACCAAGUUGAAGUUUUACGUUUGGAAAGAGAUAGUUUGAAAUCAUCUUCGACUCGAUUAUCCGAUCAAUUAGCUCAUCAAAAGAAUGAAGCAAAAUUGGUUCAAACAAAAUUGGAACAAGAAAUUAAAAUGUUGCAAAAUCGAUUGGCUGAAAAACAACAACAAUUUGGUGCAAGUGAAAAGGAAUUGUUGGAUUUGAGAUCGAAAUUAACAUCUGUUCAAGCACAAUAUACAAAAGCUGAUACUUUGGAAAUGACACCUGAUCGAUUGAAAAAAGAAUAUCAACAAUUGAAAAAUCGAACACAAUUCCUUGAAAAUCAAUUGGAUGAAGCAAAAGGAAAAUUGAUUGAAGCGGAAUCUGAAAGAGCAAAACGGUUGGAUGAAAGUAAUCUGGUUCAAACGCACAGUAAUGUUUUGGAAGAAAAUUUGAAACAAACUGAGAAAUUGGGAGCAUUGGAAAGAGAAAGAUUGGAGACAAAAGCAAAAACAUUCGAAGCGAGAACUGAAGAAUUGACAGAAGCAUUGGCAAAACUUCGAGAAGAAUAUGAAGCAUUGAAAGAAAGUCAUGAUGAUACAAGAAGUGAAUAUGAAAAACAGAUUGGAGAAUUGAAUCGACAAAUAUCUGUUGUUAAUAUUGAAGUUGAAAGAGUAAAAGAUGCACACGCUGUCAUUGAAAAAGAUCUGAAAGUUGCUGAGGAGGCUGUGAAAACAAAACACGAAGAAAUUCUAAAUCAUCGCAUGAUAUACGACGAACUUAUAAAAACCAAAUCAGCAUAUGAAGUGACUAUUGGUAAUUUACGAUCCAAUUUGGAUAAUACAUCAAUGCAAUUGGUAGCCGCAAAAGAUGCGAAACAACAAUCAGAUGAAAGAAGAAUAAAUGCUGAAAGUGAAUUGGAAAAGAAAACAGAAGAAAAAGAUCGAAUGGAUAAGGAAUAUCGAGAAAAAAUGAAUGAAUAUGAUCAGAAACUUGAACAAUUAUCACAACAAUAUGAAGUUCUUGCAUCAUCAGUUACAAGUUCUUUUGAAUCAAAUGAAUCCAUUGCCGAUUCGGAUAAAACAAGUAAUGUUGAAUCGAACACGAUUUCAAGUCUUCAGAAUUUGCUACAAUUUGUCAGACAUGAAAAAGAUAGCGUAAGUCUUGAAUUUCUUCUAUCCAAAGUCAUAAUAUCGAAUACAUUUUCAGGCUAUAAAUCGUGCAAUGACUGCAGAAAUGGAAAUGCGUCGAUUGAGAGCUGAAACAAGUGAAUAUGAAAGAGGAAGAAAUGAACUUCUCGCAAAAGUUCGAGAUUUGGAAAAUGAACAAACUGCAAAUGCUGCUGCACUUAUUGAGAGAGCUAAACUUGUGAGUUUUAACAUUUUAAUCGAAAAUCCAAAUGUCUGAAUUUUCAGCUCGAAAAACUAGAACAUCUCACAGAUGUUCAACGUCGUAAUACUCAACUUACCACCAAUCAAACCAUCUUGCAAAAAGAGUGUUACAGAUUAAGACUUCUUAAUAGGAGUACUGAAGAGAAAAAUCAAAAUUCGCUUGCAAAAUGUAAUGAAAUUCAACUGAAAUCUGCAUCAUUGACACAAGAAUUGAAAGAAAAAAAGAGAGAAAUUGAAGUAUUGCAACAAAGAUUGGAAACAACUGGAAGAGGACAAACUAGUUCACUACAGUAUGUUUUCAUAAUAGAAUCAUCAAAUUAAGUUAAUAAUUUUCAGAACGCAACUCGAUCAAUGCAAAUCAUUGUUAGCACAAGCAAGACAAGAAACCAAAGCUGCUGCGGAACAUGCAAAAUCGUGUGAACAGGAAAAAAUGAAAGCUGAAGAGGUCUCUAAAACAUUCCAAGGAAAAUUCAAUCAGACUCGAACUCUUGCUCUUAAAUAUCGUGAUGAGGUGAGUUUCUUUCGUUUGAAAAAUUUUAAUUCAAAAAGUGGGAUCUUUAUUAUUUAUACAAUUUAA